AGGGCUUGUGCGUUCCCCCAAGGAUGGAAUAGGCGACGUAUUCAAGGGAAGAGUUUUUGACCGCCAUUAUUCAAAAGCCGCGAGAUUGGCGUGGCAAGGGUUGGGUAGUUCGAAGCCUUGUGUGUUGAGACUGUGUCGAGAGUGUUGGUAUCAAAGGUCAAAUAGGCCCUGCAAGUGCUUUCAUCUCCGUGAGGUGACCGAGAAAAAAUCAAGUCGUGGAGAACUGUGGCUUUGGUUGUUCACAACGUGUUCCCUCGCAUAUUACGCACUUGUGGAUGUGCGUUUGCUGAAUAUCGACAGGAUCCAUGUCGCUUUCUGUUUAUUCCUCAACAAGCUGCUCUUCAAUCGUCUUUUCUGCCUUACCUACUACGUCCAUGCUUUGGCGCCUUUAGUUUGCCCUUGGGUGGUACUGUUCAUAUUCCUGUGGUCUGAACGCUUUUCGACUGCCCUUCCAGCCAACUUACCGACUGUGGUGUCGUCUUCCUCCACCUUGCUGCCGUUUUCGGCCAUCUCGGUUACGUUGUCCCCGUAAGCUCAGGAUUGCUGGACUUUGUGGAUUGCCCCUUACGAAAGUUGUUGUACGCGUAACGGACUUCCCCGGCAAUCACACCAAGCAUACACCAACCGAGGACGGAAGAUCUGUCGCUUAGAACUGUUCAGCUUCUGUGAAAUGCCGUCGCUUGAAGUAUUGUCGCCACAACCACCGCAUUUUGCGCCGCAUAAACAUCAUACAUUUGAUAUGCAAGGCGUGUAUCCGUUCGCACAUGCCCAUGGGCCACAAACUUUCGGACAAGAUCAUCAACCUUACCAUCAACAUCAUCAACAGCAUCAGCAGCAGCAUCAGCAGCAACCUUAUCAACAGCAUCAUCUACUGCCUCUCCAACCACUGCUGCUACCUAACUCACAAGCUUACCCAACACCAGCAUACCAAUAUGAUGGUUCUCGGUCAUCGUCGAUACUGUCGACGGCGCAAACCCACUCUGUCUCCAUAACCCCAUCAUCAUUGCUACCGCAAUCUCCAUUCGACCCUUUUGCUCCAUAUGCGGAGCCAUACAUCCCAAUACAGGAGAUGGAGUACGUGAACACCUUUGCGCCCAAGCCCGACGUCCUGUCGCCAAAUGAACCAAAUUUCAACUAUUCAAUAAAUCAAGACGGGCGUCCGGAAUAUCAUGUUCCUCACUAUGAGACUCUGCCACCACGCCCUAUGCACACCCCUACCGCUCCUACGCUGUAUGAAAAUGCCACGGUCUACCCAACCGCCACAGCCAGCAGAGAAGCGAUUAAUAUAGGGCCACCUGAAACGGCGGGACUGCUAGAUUUUAACGAAUUUGGAGGAGAAAUGGCGGGGAUAAGACCUGAACCGAUAAUGAGUGACAAUGUCAGUAUUGCCUGGCCAAUAUCAGCUGUCGAGAAUGGAGUUUCAGCCUUGUCGCUAUCACGAUCGCACAGUCCUGACUUGAUUGUGUCUCACCCGGGAUUGAUGGACGAACAAUCUGGACAUCCAUCGCAGAAUCCGAAUAUGACAAUCAGUACCGAAGAGAUCCUGGCUAGGGAGGAUGUGGAAGAAAUAGAAAAGGACAUACCUGGGUGGCUACUGGAGGAUACAAGGGAGGUAUCGGUGAUUACCACAAUUUCUGAGCCAGAAUCACCUGCUCCCUCGAUUCCCACUGCACCUUCAGCCCCCGUAUACCCCUGCCCCAUCACAAACUGCACAAAAGUCUUUGCGCGUCCGCAAAACCUUCGAGCUCAUGCAAAAACCCAUUGCUCAGUCAAGCCCCACAAAUGCACCUACUGCGAAUUAUCUUUUCGUCGCAAUCAUGACCUGAAACGGCACAUGCGGCUGCAUAACAACGAAAGGCCCUACAUAUGCCCGAACUGCUCGAAGGGAUUCGCCAGAAGUGAUGCUUUGAAGAGGCAUGUUGGAAAUGAUGCAGCUGGAUGUCACGUUCCGAAUGGGAAAGGAGGGGCAAAGCCCAAGCAGGGAAGCAAAGCGGAUAAUCGGGAAGAAGAGUCGUCAGAACACCAGGCACAGCAAAUCCCUGCAGAAAAUUCACAACAACCGCCCAGUCCACCACCACCGGCCCCUGCACUGGCUCCUGCCCCUGUACCCCCAUCUGCACCAGCGCAUGGAGAGUCGGACAUUAUGUCGACCAACCUGAGUCUUCCACAUGAUCUCCUAUGCAAUUACCCGUCGGACAACGAGCCAUAUUCACCACCCGAAGACUUGACGUCGUUUUACUCAAAAACCUACAUUAAUUCAUGGCCGAUACCUUAUCACGCUAUGCAUCAAUCUGAGGAAGAAAUGCGAUAUGAGCGGAAUGGACGGGGUUGGGGCCGGGUUGGAAGGAGACCUAAUUCGUAUAUGUAGUGGACAAACUGCUGUUGGAGGAACGUUGCUGUGCUCAAAAGACUUUUGGAAUGAAAUAGGACCGCUACACCUGGUGUGAACGGUUCAUGUACAUGCAAAACUGACUCUAUUUGGCUUGAAUUGUAAGGUAGCAUUAAUGCUAAAUGACCACGGCGCCAUUGAUUCAAACAUGGAUAAAGCCGAAGAGUCCCGGC